AUGGAUAAGAUCUUGUUGUGGAACCUCCUGUUGUUUUUUUCUGGAAGUCAAGCCUCAAGAACCUUGGCUCAAAAAAAUGCCGAAUUUGCAGUGGACCUUUAUCAAGCAAUUCGCUUAUCUCAAAAGAACAACGUUGUAUUUUCUCCCCUUGGAACGACUUUAGCUCUUGCAGUGGUACAACUGGGAGCAAAAGGAAAAGCACAACAGCAGAUAAGACAAACUUUGAAGCUUCAGGAUGCCGCAACUGGAGAAGAAUUUUCUGUGCUGAAGUCAUUUUUCUCUGCCAUCUCAGAGAAAAAAGAAGAAUUUACAUUUAAUCUUGCCAAUGCCCUCUACCUUCAAGAAGGAUUCACUGUGAAAGAACAGUAUCUCCAUGGCAACAAGGAGUUUUUUCAGAGUGCUGUAAAACUGGUGGAUUUUCAGGAUGCAAAGGCUUGUGCAGAGACAAUAAGUACCUGGAUAGAAAGCAAAACAUAUGGAAAAAUUAAAAACAUGUUUUCUGAGGAAGAUUUUGGCCCUCUGACUCGACUUGUCCUAGUGAAUGCUAUAUAUUUUAAAGGAGAUUGGAAACAGAAAUUCAGAAAAGAAGACACACAACUGAUGAAUUUUAUUACAAAAGAUGGCUCGGCAGUCAAAAUUCCAAUGAUGAAGGCUUGGCUAAGAACAAACUAUGGUUAUUUUUCUGAACCCUCCAUCAGCUAUCAGAUUUUAGAAUUGCCUUAUAAGAGUGAUGACUUUAGUUUAAUCAUCAUACUUCCUGCAAAAGGUGUGAACAUAGAAGAAAUGGAAAAACUACUGACUGCCCAUCACAUUCUGAAAUGGUCCUCUGAGAUGGAGGAAGAAGUGGUGGAAAUAAUUCUCCCCAGAUUUAAUGUAGAACAAAAAUUAGACUUCAAGGAAGCUUUGUAUUCUUUGAACAUAACUGAGAUAUUUAGUCGUGGCUGCAACCUUUCUGGAAUAACAGAUUCAUCAGAAGUGUAUGUUUCUCAAGUCGUGCAAAAAGUUUUCUUUGAGAUAAAGGAAGAUGGCAGUGAAGCUGCAACAUCAACUGGUGUGCACAUUCCUAUGAUCAUGAGUCUGACUCAAACUCAAUUUAUAGCAGAUCAUCCAUUUCUGUUUGUUAUGAAGUAUAAUCCAACAGAAUCAAUUUUGUUUAUGGGAAGAGUGACAAAUCCUGACACCCAAAAGAUGAAAGGAAGAGAUUUAGAUUCACUGUGAAUGAAAACACAGCUCAAGAAUACAAGACAAAUCCUGGAAAAUUAUUGAUUGG